GCUUCCCCGUCCGAGAGGCUUGGCCCCAUCUUCCUUCUCUUUCUCUCCCGUCCUUUCCAGUAGCAUCUUCAACCCGUUUGCUACAACGGCCGUGGCGACCCUCACUCAAUCUGUGUGCAAGCACGUUGCAUGGCCUUCCCGAGCAAACCCGGAUGUCCGCUAUGUGGCAUCGUAUCCCGAGCGGCAUCCGCCACUGGGCCUGCUUCCCCACUCGUCUCCCCAAGACCAGACUCGCCUUCAUUAACAACAAUUAACUCGGCUUCUCCGUCUAUAACGACAUUUGCUGGUGCUGGUGCAUCUUCUUCCACGAGGAGGGGUAAACGACGAGCGGAUGAUGAACCGGAGAUACUCUGGCAAGAUGAACACUUUACAGUCUACCGAGAACGCGCACACCCCGUCUCGAGCAUUGCGCAUCUCGUCAUAAUCUUCAAUCUACACGUCCCGUCAUUGUACAUGCUCUCUUCAAGUGACAUCCCGUUGCUCGUUCAGCUACGCGAACUCGCACACCGUUUCCUCUCGCAACUCACCACUAUCGCAGGCCGUUCAUCCUCAUCCCCGAGCGCGCGUCCGUCCUUUUCUACACCUCCAGCAUCACCAUUACCAUCGUCCUCCACGCUCGCGCCCCAACCCACAUCAACGACGCAAACAGAAAUCAAUGAUCGAUUUCGCAUCGGAUUCAUCAGCCCGCCAUGGAAAGACACCCAACUCCCUGUGAAAGACCACCUGCACGCACAUGCGUACGUUGCUCCUAUGGACCGCUGUGGGUGGUGGCGCUCUAUUGCAUACAGUCCACUCGCGUGGUACGCUGUUGACGACCUCAUUGCUGAGAUUCGAGAAGAGAGCACGAACAACCGGAUCCGUUCAGACGGGAACGGCACGGAAAGUCGACGUCCGAGGUUAAUUGACCGGAUACCAGCUGCGGGAGCGAGGAGCGGGACGGCUGACGGACACGAGACGACCCGAGAAGGGAUUUCGUUGGACCUUGAAGCCGAUGGUACCCGUAAACAUGCUCGGGGAGGGAGAGAAUCGACCGGAAGUGGAGGUACAAGUGCGAGUGGAAGUGGAAGAGGGAGUGUGUAUGGACGGUCACCCGUAGCGGCACCUUCGCCUGCUAGGCUUGCGGCGCCUUCGCAUUUGGAUUUGAACGCGCCGCUUGUUGUUAGCGGUAGCGGUAGUGGGGUUGGUAGUUCUAGUGCUGCUACGAUUGCAACGCCAAGCACUUCGACGUCUACACCUACGCGCAACUCCUUCGGUUUUACCCCCGUCCCCACCGUUCCUACGAGAGGGAGUUCACCUGCCGCUGGAGGAGGUGGUGGAGAGUCUCGUCCUGGCUCGAGUACUGCAGCUAGUGGACAGUUGCUUUCACCUGCUUUCCCGCCUUCGUGACGUACACAAUAACCUCUUUUCCUCCCAAUAUUAUAUUAUUUCCUUAUACCUUUUCGACUGUUUAUAGCUCGAGUUUAAUGGGUAUUGAUAAUUCGAUAUUCAUAUUGAUACCCUUUCUCUUCCCUCUUUUUCUCACAUAUACCAUUCCGUUUUCACUCUUCGUUCUUUGUUUUUUGUUUUUUACUCGUUCGUAUAUUCCUUCGUUCGGUUCUUCGGGUAGGUAAACAAGGUCAACGAUUUUAUUUUCACGUCCCACUGUUUCGUACUUCGGUUCCAUUACAACCUUCUACUCAUGUUUCCUUUUUCCCUUAUUUUUUUACUCGGUUCGGCGGAACUAUCUCCUUUCCUCUCCCUUUUCCUCUUUCCUCCGCAUCUCUGUAGUCGAUCCAAGACCAGACAUUGACAAGCAGUAAAGCAGUGGCAUACAAGAAUCAAGAUACC